ACGAGAUCUCGUCCCUCUCGGCGGAGCUCUUCUCGCCGCACCACCAACUUGUCACCAAAGAUGGCGAUUUGCUGAGUGCUCAUGGAUACACACAUUUUUCGGCUUGCCGUUAUCUCACCAGAAACGCCAACUUUAGAAACACGUUAACUGCUCAGCGAGCGACUCUUUCUCCGUGUGAAGCACAUCUGACUCAGCGUCAGCCGCCGCCGCCAUGCAGAUCACUCUGAAAACACUGCAGCAGCAGACGAUUCAGAUUGAGAUAGACCCCGAACAAACGGUGAAGGCCUUGAAAGAGAAGAUAGAAGCAGAAAGAGGAAAAGACUACUUUCCUGUAUCUGGGCAGAAGCUGAUAUACGCCGGGAAAAUCCUGCAAGAUGACACACCGAUUAAAGAAUACAACAUCGAUGAGAAGAACUUUGUUGUAGUGAUGGUUUCCAAGGCUAAACCCGCAGCUGCCGCCUCGCCUCCGGCCUCAGAAGCACCCAAACCCCCCGUACAGGACUCUGGCUCCACGUCAACAGCUGUCCCCGCCACAGCCCCAGCUUCAGCCCCAGCCCCGACCCCCGCAGCUGUCCCCAUUCCCUCUGAGGAGGCCAAAGAGGAGCCAAGUGCCGCAGCCACAGAACCACAACAACCAGCCAGCUCCAGUGGCAGGGGUCAGGGUCUGGAUGCCUCCUCAGCGCUCGUGACUGGAGCCGAGUACGAGGCCAUGCUCACAGAGAUCAUGUCCAUGGGCUACGAAAGGGAGCGAGUGGUGGCGGCACUACGGGCCAGUUUCAACAACCCCCACAGAGCUGUGGAGUACCUCCUCACUGGUAUCCCCAGCAGCCCGGUGCAGGAGAGUAAUCCCCCGGCGCAGGCCCCCGCGUCCGGACCCACAGAAGCCCCGUCUCUAGCAGAGGGAGAGAACCCACUUGCAUUCCUGCGGACUCAGCCUCAGUUCCUGCACAUGAGACAGGCCAUCCAGCAGAACCCUGGUCUGCUACCAGCUCUGCUCCAACAACUAGGCAGGGAGAACCCUCAGCUUCUACAGCAAAUCAGUCAGCAUCAGGAGCUGUUCAUCCAGAUGUUGAACGAGCCGGUGGGAGAGGCAGGAGAUGCGCCAGAAGUCGGAGAGAUGGGAGCAGCCGGGGAGGAGGGCGCACCUGUCAACUAUAUCCAGGUUACACCUCAGGAGAAGGAAGCAAUCGAAAGGUUAAAAGCGUUGGGUUUCCCAGAGGCCCUGGUGAUCCAGGCCUACUUUGCCUGCGAGAAGAACGAGAACCUGGCGGCCAACUUUCUCCUCAACCAGGGACUGGAAGACGACUGAGCAGCGCUGCCUUCCUGCUCCUCCCUCCUACCCUCCCCCUCUUCAGCUCAGCAUAAAGACUGCACCCCCAACUUACUGUACAGCUACCAACCUCAGCUCAACCCGACAGGAGGGGAGGAGAGGGGAGAGCCAGCAGGGGGGCGCGGGGGGGUGCGGGUGGGGGUGGGAUGGGAAGGGUCGGGUCGACAGGGUGGGUGGUUAGGUUACAGCGGGGCGACACAUUUAAAGUACACAAAGUGGAGGUUGUGUGCAGGAAGGUCAGACUUGGAUCAUCGGAGGUCGAGGGCGGACGUAUGAUAAAAUCCACGUGAAUUCCAAUGGAAUGUGUGGGGUUUGUCUAGGGGAGAUCUAUAAUUUGAUUUUAGACGCGCUUUGUGACAUUAGGGAGGGGGAGGGCGGUGGGGCUGAAGGGGUCUGCGACGAGAGCGUGUGCGCUUGUGUCUGCGUGUGUGAGUACAUGUCCGUGUGCCUGUGCAGAUGGAUGCGAUAGAGUUAAGCUGAAAAAAACAAAACAGUAAUCAAUUUGCAUUCUCUAAGUUUGUUAAUGCUGUAGCUGGAUUGUAUGGAAGCACAUUCUCCUCACUGCACUUCAACAUUAUCAGUGUGUGUAACUGCUUGUAUGUACCUCUGUAAGCCUCAUGUACGUACGUCCAAGAAUGAAAUUUGGCAGAGAUAGACUGGAGCGUGCUGCCCUUUGUAUGUGUCUGACAUGAUGUUGCUGGGGUCUGUUUGGGGGGAACAAUGGGAACUAAACUGACAAAUAACAAUCUGGUUAUUCUGUUCACUUUGUACCGCCCUCGCCUGUCCUUCCAUGGCAGCGUCUGCCUGUUAGGUCGCUCAAAAGUGGAACUGUUUUUGGUGCUAAUUAACACUAAACAUGAAAAUCUCCUUCACAACUUUAACAUUAGAUUCUCCAACAUUCUGUGUUUUUUAAGAUCUUCCACUGUUUAAACACACAACAACAACAGAGGGAGAAACUGGAGCAGACACUAUGAUGGAGUACAGACUCACUCACUGAAAUUUGUCAGUUUUAAUUGACCCCUUGCUAAGCCCCGCCCCUUUGUGAUGAUCCAUCGCAGUAAACACGGAGCCCUCACUGUAACUAACUGCACUCCCUGAAGAAAUAUAAUCAUAUGUUUGGAGAAAUGAAAGAGUGAUGUCAGAGAGCAGCAGACAGAGGGGUCUACAGUCUGUGUUUGAAGGAUAUAUCCAGGAUGUCAAACUGACUCAGCAGCAACAACAGGUUAAAAAGACAAAGAUAGUUAGAAGCUAAAGCCGAACUAUAGGCUACAGAUCACAGUGUAAAAGUGAACCACCACAUCACUGCUGAUCGCCACACAAGACAAUGAAUAUAAAGGGAAACUGUGCUCAUAUUGAACCAGCUGUGUAUACAUUCAGUAGGCUAUAUCUUCAGUAGCUAGCUAGCUAACCCUACACUUUUCAGGGUCUGAUUUUGGUUUGCAACAGGGAAGAAACGUAUAUCUUUCUCCAACCUCUCCAGGUAACGAGUAUCAUUAAUACACGACGUGCCCCAGACACAACAUUUAGCUCCACAUCCACAACACCAGCCUGAAAAUGAAGGAAAUCUGAAAGGAUGGAGCACAGCACAGAUUGGCUAGGCUGUGUUUGGGGGCGGGGCUUAGCGAAGGGUCAAUUUACCCAAAGAGGGACCUUUCCUCCAGCUCACUAAAUGUUUGUCUUUAGUUCGCCAGGUUGACGACACAUUUUACAAGUUAACCCAAACAACAGCGCGCCCACACGCUUCAGUUCUAACGUGUUACAUGCAAAUGUGUGUGUGCAGAUAAAUGUGUGUACUGCUUGGUGAGGUGGAAACCAUCUGCAUGAGGUUUUAACAUGUGUGAGUGAGUCAUCAGGACCAUGCAAUGAUUUAUUCUCCUUUUCUUUACGUCAGUUCUUCAGAGGUGGUCACAGAGAAUAAACACCUUUAUACAGCGAUCAUACCAUGUACUAA